UCUCAUUUCUUCAAAGCAUAAACCAAAAAAAAAAAACAAAUAAAACAAUAGGGAGUAAUUUUUUUCAUCACUGUUUGAUUUGAAUGGGCGUCGGAGAAAGUGACCCGCGCUCGCAGCUUAGUCUUCCGCCGGGAUUUCGGUUUUUUCCGACUGACGAGGAGCUUCUCGCGCAGUAUCUCUGCCGUAAAGUCGCCGGCCACCACUUCCCGCUGCAGAUUAUCGGAGAUGUCGAUCUCUACAAAUUCGAUCCGUGGGAUCUUCCAAGUAAGGCUUUGUUUGGGGAGAAAGAAUGGUAUUUCUUCAGCCCAAGAGACAGGAAAUAUCCCAACGGUUCGCGGCCGAAUCGGGUCGCCGGUUCGGGCUACUGGAAAGCCACCGGCACCGAUAAAAUCAUCACAACUGAAGGAAGGAAAGUCGGAAUCAAAAAAGCCCUAGUUUUCUACAUCGGAAAAGCUCCAAAAGGAACCAAGACAAAUUGGAUUAUGCAUGAAUACCGCCUCGCUGAAUCUACCACAAAAAAAGGCAGCUCCAAGCUCGAUGACUGGGUAUUGUGUCGGAUAUACAAGAAGAAUUCAAACAAGGAAUACAGCCACGAUUCGUCGCAAUACGACGACGUGCUGGAUUCUCUGCCUGAUCAAAAGCUGAAUCUUCAGCGCUUGAGCUCAGGGAAUUUCGAUUGGGCCACGUUGGCCGGGCUAGACCCGGCGUGGCCCGAACUCUUUCAGGCCCAUCCCCCUAGUCUAAAUGACACGUAUGCCCCUGCUGAUUUCAUGGACCUCACCGGGUCGAAUCAGUUUGGCGGGUUCGGGUUUAGGCAAUAGGGGAAAUGGGUCAUGCCUUGGGCUGUAUUUUGUGUUAGGGUAGAUUUAAGGGAAACAUCAUUAUUGUUCAUUUCUUUUUUCCUUUUUUCUACUUUUUGGUAUAGGGCAGGAAUUUAUCUCAUUUUAUUAAGCUUUAUUUUGUUCAUUAGCUAGAGCACAAAUAAUGCUGUGUAGCAUGUAUUCAUAACAAGACACACAAUAAAAUUUUCUAAUGAUCAAAA